GUCUUCGAAAAUCAACGCGCCAGAUCCAGCUGUAAACUCACCAGUGAAAGGUCCAAAGGGAUGCCCGCCUCGCAGCAGGUCCGGUUGGGUCGGAAACGCCCCCUGCCCUCCUGCCCCAACCCUCUGUUCCUCCAGUGGCUCACCGAGCUGCGGGACGACGCCAAAGAGAAGGGCCUGAAGCUGCAGUACGUCUACCAGAAGGCCAUCAGCUCUUUGAACAAAUAUCCAUUGCCGCUUCAAAACGCCAAAGAGGCCAAAAUCCUGCAGAGCUUUGGAGACGGCAUCUGUAAAAUACUGGAUCAGAAACUGCAGCGAUAUCUCAGAGAGAACGGUCCAGACGCUCCGAUCCACUCUCUCCCUGAAGGAGCGCCCCCUGCUGGCCGACAGGACAACAACAGCCUGGAUCCAUCCAGAAAGAAUGCAGCCGGGGAUCAAGGGAAAAACAAAGGAGGAGGGAGGAAGAAGAGGGAGUACAUUCCCCAGAGACGGUCUGGAGGUUACGCUGUUCUGCUCACACUGUACAGAGUGUCUCAGAUCCCAGGCAGCAAAGGCUACAUGUUUAAGAUGGAGCUCCAAGCAGAAGCUCAGCAACUCUGCGAUAAGUCCUUCACUGUGCCAGAUCUGGGCAGUAAGUACACGGCCUGGUCUUCAGUGAGCACUCUGAUCCAGAAGAACCUGGUGAUGAAGACCCACAACCCUGCAAGGUAUUCUCUGACAGAAGAGGGUCUGGCUUUAGGGGAGCGCCUCGAGUCUUUAGAGGGAACUAAAGGUCCAGAAGGAGACAGAGAGGAGGCCAGGAGUGAAGGAAACGAGCAGGAGGAGGGAGAGGAGGGUGGCCCGGGGUUUGUGGACCUCACUGUUAGUGAUGAUGACGAAGAGGAGAAGGAAGAGGAGAGAAUACAACCUACAGAGAGGCCGACCUCCUCUGCCCAGCCGAGGGUUGUCCUUCCUGGGAUGUUCUUUUCAGGAAAACCCCAAAAUGUACCAUCAACGAGCAGAAACCCAAAUUCAUGGAGUCUCCUUCCCGGCUCCUACGAGAUCAUCCUCUGUGUGGACUUCAUUGAGACAACCGGCGGAAGCAAAAACUGCAAGCAGGAUCUGGUCAAAGAGCUGCAGAGGAACGGAGUGACAUUCGAUGUGAGGAAGCUCAACGUGGGAGAUUUCCUGUGGGUCGCUCGGGAAAAGGUCGCACCUAUUCCAGGUCAGUUGCGAACCCCCGUUGGCCGUGAGCUCGUCCUGGAUUACAUCAUCGAGAGAAAGAGGAUGGACGACCUGUGCGGCAGCAUCAUCGACGGGCGCUUCAGGGAACAGAAGUUCCGUCUGAAGCGCUGUGGUCUGCGUAACCCCUGCUACCUGGUGGAGGAGUGUGGGAAGGCUGCCUCUCACCUGAGUUUACCUGAGACCACGCUGCAGCAGGCCAUCAUCAACACACAGGUUGUUGAUCGCUUCUUUGUGAAGAGAGUCCAGGAUGUGAGGGAGUCGAUGGCCUACCUCACUGUCAUGACUCGAUACCUGAAUAAACUCUACCAGAACUGUACGCUGACGUGUCGCUCCAGAGAGCUGGAGAGAGAGGAUGAGGAGGAGGAAGAGGAGAGAGGGACCCCCCCCUGCUCUCUUAUCUCUUUUGCAGAGUUCAACCACGGUGCAAUCAAAAACAAGUGUCAGACGGUGAAAGAAGUGUUUGCCCGGCAGCUGAUGCAGGUGAGCGGACUGUCAGGAGACAAAGCAGCUGCUAUACUGGAGCUCUACAGCACUCCACUCAGUCUUCUGACAGCCUAUGAGCGAUGUGCAGGUGAAGCUGAUAAAGAGAAGCUCCUCUCCUCCAUCAGAUAUGGGAAGCUCAAAAGGAACCUGGGUCCAGCUCUGAGCAGAACAGUUUAUCAGCUGUACUGCACUCAGGGAGCACUGACGUAGCUUAAUAUAAAAACAUAUCAUGAACAUUAUUUCACUUAUCCCUACUUUACUUGAAUUAAACACAUUUUAGGAUGGAAACGUCCUUUGUUAUGUAAAUAUUAACAUGCUGCUAAGUUCUCAUUACCGUAACAUAUUGCUACUUGUAUGAAGAAUUUCACAAACGCCCCCUGAAACUUAAAUAAAGUUUAAGAUUUUGAAUAGUA